AUAGCUGAGGCUGAGGUACCAGUUAGAGGUAUCAAUGUUACUUGCAGUCACGUCCCUUGAUUUCACUCCAAAAAAAACUGCAUGAUAUAAACAAUAUGGCUGCCUCCUGUAGCAACAAAGAGCAAGUGAAGAAGAAAUUUUAGAAAUAUCUGGGAUAAAAUGUAACAGAUUCUUUGCCUAUUCUAUACGCUGAAGAUGUCGGCUACAUUAAGAUUAGUGUCUGUACCAGACGUUACCCAAGUGCUAUCAUCAAGUGUGUGAGCCACGAGGGAGGCACUGUGUUUACCAGUGAUGUGCUUCACUUACUCUGCAGCCUGGAUAUUGAUCAUCCAGCUGGAGAAAUUGUGAUUCAGGCUCUACAGUCUCACCACAAACUACACGGUUCAGGGACAAAGACUUUACUUUUCUUCAUGGUCAGGAUUAUAAAAGCUGUGUGUCAGCUGCAGCAGUUGGGCAUCUCACAACGCAAGUCUCUCACUCUAAUGCAAGAGGCUGUUUCAGAGCUAUUGACGAAAGUUGAAGAUAUUGCUAUACCUCUUAUAUCCGAAGACCAGCCACCUCUUGUGGAAGAACCCCAUAAAAUAACCACAAAUGUGUCAUCUUGUGCUGUACCAGUAGAUGCUCCUGUUUGUGAUAAUGAAUCUCUAAGUCAUUGCACUGACUCUAAUUGUGUGCCCGAAGACUCGGUGCCCUUUGCUCAUGCUGCACCUGUACCUCAGCCAUGCUGCAUCGACCCAGUGACAUUACCAUUGACGAGAGACAAUUCUGCAGCUUACAUGUUUGAUGUAAAUGCUGAAACUGAGGGGGAAAAUCCUAAUGGACUCUGUGUAAAGAGCGAUGUGCCAGAGACAGAUAUUGUGUACUUAAAAAUGUCAUCACCGUCCAGUGAAGAUUCUGACAAUUCUGAUAUUGACUGGUUUUUCUCUUCUGUGACUCAUAAAGAUGGUGAAGACUCUACAAUAAAUGAUAAGCGAGAUCAAGUUGAAAUGAGUGCUGAUUCUAGUGCAGAUUUCAGUAAGAACCUGUCUGAGGCAAACUUUUCAAACCUGAUUACUUCAGCCAGAGAUGGGUCUUUGCACGAUUCAGAUUUUGAAGAUUGUUUUGAUGACACAGACAACCGUCAGUACGUCAAUGUUGUAGUUGAACCAGUUCCACCACCUCAUCUUAUGGGAGCAAGAUCUGGAUCUUAUUUAACAGAUGCCCACACAAUAGCCAACAGUGAUACUACUUUGUUCAGAAAUGCUAGAAUACAUUACCCCAUAGCUGUAGACUUUGAUGAUGUGCAUGACAAGACAGCUGUGAAGCGUCAGGAAAGUGAAGAAUCAGAUGAAUUUAGUCAUUGUAUUGUAGACUCAGGAAUUGAUGGAGAAAGUUCUGAAAGCAAUGACAUCAACCUGUGUACAUCAUCUAGUUUGGUCAAUAUAUGCAAUGUAUCAGACCAGGAUGCUUCCCAGGAAUCUUCAAAUUGUUUUAGCCGUAGAGAUAAUUCAGAAUGUGUUGAAAUUCAACCAAAACAGUUGGCACCAGUGACUUCAAUUCUGCACUUGGUUCCAAGUCAGGAUGCAAAUUUUGAUAGUGAGACUUUUGAGACGUAUAAAAAUGAAAAUACUAGUCUCUGCAGCUCUGACAGUAGCAAUGAAUCUGAAAAAAACCAAGAGGAGUGCUUAAGAAAUGGACAUUCUUCAAAUGUGGUAAAUGUUAAAAAUGAAAUCCACUCCUUGAAUGCAAUGCUUGCGUCAAUCGGUGUGGCAAAAAGAACAAACAUGGCAUUAUUGAGCCGCCAUUAUACAAUGUCAAAUGAAAAAGAUGCAGGCAAAGAUUUCCCCAAGACAAACAGUGAGACUAAUAAUGCUCAAACUUUGCAUGAAAAAGUAAUCAGUUGUGAAGACAAUGAAAGUUCUCUGGUCAUGCUUUCAUCAUCAAUGAAGGCUACAGGCUUGUCUGAAAGUAACCCAUGUGACAGUAGCAGUCCAUGUUCUUCCAUUUCUUCCUCUAAAAGAGUGAAUGCAGAUGUUGAAGAAUCCUGUGGUACUGAAGCUUUAAAGGAAAUUAACAAAAUUAAAUGUGUGUCAAAUUUUCGUGAUGGAACAAAUGCAUUUUGGAAGGGGGAUGAACAAAUUGUGCAAAAUUCAUACGGCAGAGCAACCAUGAACAAUGAAGGCAACAAACUUAGUAUUCAAAAAUCGUGUGACAAAGAAAUUGCAGGCCAGAGUCAUGAUGAGGGAAGACAAUCUUUACUCGAGAAAUUGCUACUUCAGAAAACUUCGGCAUCCAAGCUUUCUAUUGCCAUGAAUAUGGCAAUGUCUAGCAGGCACUUCUCACCAGGGGAUGUAGUGGGACUUACACAGGAAGAUGACGGAGGCAUCAAGACUUUCAGUGAUGGAUGCACUUCAGUGUUAGAUUCUACCGAGUCAACUCUGAAAUUCGGGACCACAUUCAAAGAUUGCUUGGUGGAUGAAGUUAAUGGUACCUUUCACAAAUUUGUGGAAGAGGAUUCAGAAUCUUUUAGCCAAGAAUUUCUGCAUAAAUCAAAAAACGAGCAGCAUUCAGAUGAAAGAUCAGCCAUAUUGUCCAUCAAUCUUACCUCUGAUUAUGCUUCAUUGAAGCCGGAUCCUCUGAUGAAAUUGGCAGUGGAGGCUUUUGAAAAACAGAUAAAACAUACAGAAACUGAAAGCUUCAACGUCCAUCUCAUUGACUGUAUAGCUGUGUCGUCAUCAUCUGUGCCGUCUGCGGCUUCUUUGAUCCCUGGUCUGCUGGUGCAGUGUGAGGAAGAGAUUCUGCAGCCACUUAGAAGUGACAAGUCCCUAAAGAGGGCUAUAUUAGUGAAUGGAGACCUGACCAUUUCCCACCACCACAAAGGCUAUAAGCCUACACUGAGCAGCAAGACGCUGAUUGACGACAGAGGCUCAUGCAGCCUAGACCCAGAGGAAGUACAAUGGGCUCAGAGGAUAGUGAACACCCUGAAGGAAAUAAGUGUAGGAGCAGUUCUUGUCCGUGGCAAAAUAAGCGACGUUGUGUUGAUAGAGUGUCUGAACACUAACAUUCUGCCCAUUCAACACGUGUCUCAUCACACGCUGAGUGUGCUGGGCCAUGCUCACUGUGUGCCUCUGUUGGUUUAUGUGACAGAAGCUAGUGUGACAGAUGUGUGCAGUCUUCAUAUUGAGUCUUUUAGUGAUGCUGUAAAGGGUACUGUGUUUCAAGGAGAUCCAAGUUUUGAAAAGUAUGCUGUCAUUUCUAACAUGGCAGAUGUUCAGACUGUGCUUGUUCAGAGCUCCUGUGACAUGUCGAGCCAGCUGCUCAGAGAACGAGUGUGGCAAUGUUUGCAUACAGUGGAUGGUGUGGUGACGGACGCACGGGUUCUACCAGGAGGUGGAGUCACGGAGCAGUGGUGUGCUGAGUGGCUGAAGACUGAGGCCAACAGGGGAUUGAAUGCUGAAGACAAUCAGUGCUUUAUCCGGCCUGCAGUACUGGAGGCACUGUCUGAUGUGUUUCAAGAUUUUGCCACAUCCGUGAGGCUCAACCUGACGGUAAAUGGGACCGAGAAUUUGACAGAACAGCACCAUGACAAAUACGAGUCAGAUGUGCGCCUGUUGCCAGUACACCAGUCUGUUCCAGGGCCUGGGUUAUCCGAUUAUUUUUCUGCUGCAAGUCCAAGAUUCGAGUUACAAGCACAUAACAAAAAGUGGAAUGGUGAUUACGGUGGGAGAGAACCCACAUUUCAGAAAGUGUUUGUGAAUAAUGCGUCCAUGUCUGAAGCUGAAUUACCUGUCAAAAAUAAGGCAUUGGGACAGAGUGAAUUGUAUGAUUCUGGAGAUAUUUUAUCAUCCCUUUCCGCAAUGGAGACCAAAGAACAUACCCAAGUAAAGAACAGGAAUGUGAAAUGUGACGACCAUCUGGUCUAUACAAAGUUUGACCUACUAUCUGCCAAGGUUGCUGCAUGGACUCAAUCUGUUGAUGUGGCUCACACGUUACUCUCCCUCCAUUCCCUUGUCACUACAGGGCUCACCCCAGCAGACAUGAAUGGUACGGAUGUUAUCCUAUGACAAGAGCCUUUAUAAAGUUGUCCAUUGUCAAUAUUUUAUACAGAGGAAUUGUUGCAUGUAUUUUUAUAAAUUCUUCUCUAUGGAAAAUAAAUUGUUGAUUUUGACUUACAUUUGAAAAUGAA